UAUGAACCUCUGGAGGACUCAUUCCAUCCCUCCUCAUCACCUUGUACAUCGCCCUUGAUAACCGCAGACAAACCACAGCUGUCUUGAGUAUCCUCGUCCUUCAGCUACGCCGAAGCCAUGGCGCCAUCACCCUCACCCUUCGCCUCGGCCUCGCCACUCAACCUCCCCUCCUCGGCCACUCGCGCCUCCUCAUCACGGCAUGACCCCUCCUCUUCAUCGUCCUCAAUACCCGCUCUCCCCUCACAUGAGACACACAUGCUCUUCCUAGGUCAAGCAUGUCACCUCUCCAGCUGUCGUCGCGAGGACUUCCUACCCUUCCACUGCGCCAGCUGUGGUCACGACUACUGCUCUGCCCAUCGGCUCCCACAUCCCGGCUCAGAGCAAGGCGGGCACAGCUGUGACUUCCACUUGCAGCCGGAGAAAGCCUCGAGUGGAGAGCAGGGAGACUUCCUCGUGCCCCUCUGUCCGCUCUGUCGUGAGCCGCCGAAAGGCUGGAAAAGAGGCGAGGAUCCAAACCUGGCACUGGAUCGACACCUUUCCUCUGGGGACUGUCCCGAGCUUGUAGGUGAGGCCGGAGCAACGCAGAGCAGGCGAAUCAAGAAGGCCAACGAAUGCAACUACAAGCGAUGUCAUAAGAUCAUGAUCGUCAAGAUGGAUUGUGAAAAGUGCAGGGAGAGCUUCUGCCCCAGUCAUCGAGCUCCUGCUCAGCACCAGUGUGGUGUAUCGCCAGCUCGCACUCCAGACAGGAGGCAAGACGGUCAAGCGCCUACUGCAAGCUCUACGAUCUCUGGUGGGCUAGCUGCACUCAAGCGACUCAAACUCGGAGGAGCCUCAGAGGCAGCAGCGCCAGCCAAGAAUAGCGGCAACCAGCAUCAAGCUUCAUCAGAACCAACACCAAGAUCACAUAUACCCACAGCUUCGAACAAUGAUACCAGCAAGAACAACGCAUCAUCAAAUAGCCAAAGCAUCGGCACUGGCAACAUCUUUGGCUUGAACCUCUCCGCUAGCUCGGCUGGCCGUAAAGUUGACAAGUGGGUACCACCGCCAAUUUUUGGCCAGGCUUGAAGGAGUGAUCAGAUAGAAGACGAGCCGAGUCCGAACGUCUUUCGCAGCUACGCUCUCUACAGUCACGUCGCCAACGGGGCUUCAAGCUAUCGGCUGCCGAAGAGGUGAAGCUGGCCGAGCUCAGCGCUCAAUUGGGCGUCAGUGACGGGGGCAGUCGAUCGGCGGGGCUCAAGAGCCUGACUAAGAGGGGUG